AUGUCAGACAUGCAAUCCAAAGUAAACAGCCGGCUCACACAAGUCACUGACUUCUUAACCGGCAACAAGACUGCCACGACUAUUCCAUUCGACCCUAAUUCCACCAAGUUUCCCAAUAGAAAGGAUGUUCCACGAAGAGAGGAUGCACCCGAAGGAGCUGCGUGGGUUUGGGGACCUGAUGAUUAUAUAGGGAGAUUAAAUCUUCUCACACCAGCUCGAGUUACCGCCGCAUCCAAUGAAAUCCAAAGCGGGGAGAUCGUUCCAUUGAACCUUCCUUUGAACGUACCAGGAGUACCAGCUUUUGGUCGAGAACCAUUUGAGCACAGCAUCAAAGAACUAGCCCCUGGAUUGGCUUAUGAUGAUGUAUAUUCAUUGAAUACACAAUCAGGUACACAAUGGGAUGGUUUUAGGCAUAUUGCACACAUGCCCACAGGCAACUUUUACAAUGGGACCAAAGAGAAGGAUAUAAUUGGAGCUGAGAAGGAUGAUAACAAAUGUGGAAUCCAUCAUUGGGCUGAGCAUGGGAUAGCUGGUCGCGGUAUCUUGAUUGACUACUGGACUUAUGCAAAGGAGAACGGAAUUGUCUAUGAUCCAUUUGACUAUCACACUAUAUCCUACGCUGAAUUGCAAGCUGCCGGGAAAGCCCAAGGCAUCGAUAUCCGCCCCGCUUCUCAAGGCGGAAAUAUUCAAAUCGGAGAUCUGCUCUUCGUUCGUUCGGGUUUCGUAUCUACAUACCACAGCAAAUCACCAGAAGCACGAAAAGCCGCUGCUCUCAGACCACACGGAAUCGGACCUGAUGACGGUCAGAGGUGGGCUGGUCUCAAACAAGAUGAGGAUAUGCUUGAUUGGCUACAUGAUUGUUACUUUUCAGCUGUAGCAGGUGAUGCGCCUGCUUUUGAGGCUUGGCCAUCUCAAGAGCAUUAUAUGUUGCAUGAAUAUAUACUUGCCAUGUGGGGUAUGCCUCUAGGAGAAAUGUUUGACUUGGAGAAGUUGGCAAAGACGUGUAGAGAGAAAGGAAGGUGGAGCUUCUUUGUUACUAGUGCUCCGAAUCAUUGUCAAGGAGGUGUCUCCAGUCAUGGAAACGCAAUUGCUAUAUUUUGA